GUUAGCGACGAUAAAGCUCCCAAUAUCAAAAUAUAUCGCUCACGGUACACUUCACCUGUGCGGGUUAUUCGAAUUUUGCUGUUCUGUAUUAUAUAAUAAAAUAAAACGACAUCAACUAAUUUUUCGUUCAAUUUCUUAAAAAGAUUUAUAAUCUUCACUAUGGAUCCUGCUGUAUCAGCCAAAUUGGAACAGGGAUGGUCUGCGCUCUCCUCAUCUGAUAGUAAAUCUUUGUUAAAGAAAUAUUUGACAAAAGAGGUGUUUGAUGCAACAAAAAAUAGAAAAACUUGUUUCGGAUCCACACUAUUGGAUUGUGUGCAGUCUGGAUUCGAAAACCAUGACUCAGGAGUUGGUAUUUAUGCUCCUGAUGCUGAUGCGUACACAGUGUUUGCACCAAUAUUUGAUCCUAUUAUCGAGGAUUAUCAUAAAGGUUUUACCGCUACAGACAAACACCCCCAAAAAGAUUGGGGUGAUGUGAACACUCUUGGUGAUCUCGAUCCAGAGGGUAAGUAUAUCAUUUCUACAAGAGUACGUUGUGGUCGUUCCUUGGAAGGUUAUCCGUUCAAUCCCUUGCUAACCGAACAGCAGUAUAAGGAAAUGGAAGAUAAGGUUUCUUCUACGCUCAAGGUCCUUUCUGGAGAACUGAAAGGAGAAUUUUAUCCAUUGACUGGCAUGUCCAAAGAUGUUCAGCAGAAAUUAAUCGAUGAUCAUUUCCUAUUCAAAGAAGGAGAUAGAUUUUUACAGGCUGCUAAUGCUUCACGAUUCUGGCCCACGGGCAGAGGUAUAUUCCACAACGAGAACAAAACUUUCCUUGUCUGGUGCAACGAGGAAGAUCACUUGAGACUUAUAUCCAUGCAACAAGGAGGCAACUUAGGAGAAGUGUAUAAGAGGCUCGUCACAGCUGUAAAUGAAGUGGAAAAGAAUCUUCCAUUUUCGCACCACGACCGUUUGGGCUUUUUGACAUUCUGUCCAACAAAUUUAGGCACAACUAUUCGUGCAUCAGUGCACAUUCAGCUGCCUAAGUUAGCCGCCGACAAAUCUAAAUUGGAAGAAGUUGCUGGAAAAUACAACUUACAAGUUAGAGGUACUCGCGGAGAACAUACGGAUGCAGAAGGCGGUGUCUAUGAUAUCUCAAACAAAAGAAGAAUGGGUUUGACUGAAUACCAAGCCGUGAAGGAAAUGAAUGAUGGAAUAAAGGAGCUCAUCAAGAUCGAGGAAUCAUUGUAAUUGGCAUAUUAAUCGCUGCAUUUUAAAAUUGAAAAUUUAGAUAAAUAAAAAAUAAAUUAGUCACCGCUUAU